UGCUUUCUAGAGUUUAACUAGAAACGUAUUACUAUAUCGUGCGGUAACAAUAUAACCUCAAAAUCAUGACAAUUGCGUUUAAUGAUUAUAAAAGUGUGAUACUCCUCUCAUGAUGGAUAAAAUAUUAACGAAAUCAUUAAAUUCUAGUCGUUUUUUAGUCUAUAGAUCAUUACCUACAUGUCAAUCAACUUUAAAGAUUUUAAAUAAAAAUAUUGUGCACUUACAUACAGAUUUACAAUCUUUUAAAUCAAGACAACAUGUUCUUUGCAAUAAAAGCAAAUAUGAUAUCACUCAGUUUCAAAAGCGUAACAUGUUUAUUCAAACCCAGGAUACUCCCAAUCCAAACAGUUUAAAAUUUGUUCCUGGUGUCAAAGUGUUAGAAGGAGGUGGCACCAAAGAUUUCCCAAAUGCUACAGACGCUUAUUGCUCGCCUCUUGCAAAAAUGUUAUUUCGAAUCGAAGGAGUUAAAUCUGUAUUUUUUGGUCCAGAUUUUAUUACAAUAACAAAAUUAGAUGAAGAUAUGGAAUGGGGUAUUUUAAAACCAGAAAUAUUUGCAACAAUCAUGGAUUUUUUUGCAAGUGGAUUGCCAAUACUAAAUGAGUCACAACCUUCGGCAGAUACACAAAUUAACGAAGAUGAUGAUGAAAUAGUUCAGAUGAUAAAAGAACUUUUGGAUACACGAAUACGUCCUACAGUACAAGAAGAUGGUGGUGACAUCGUAUUUAUGGGUUUUGAAGAAGGUAUUGUAAAACUAAAAAUGCAAGGUUCUUGCACAAGUUGUCCCAGUUCUGUUGUGACAUUAAGAAACGGAGUUCAAAAUAUGAUGCAGUUUUACAUACCAGAAGUAUUAGGUGUCAUACAAGUUGAAGAUGAAACUGAUAAAAUAGCCAAAAAAGAAUUCGAGAAACUAGAAAGUAAGAUACAGACCCUGUCAAGUAGUAGCGAUAAGAAAUAAUUAUGUGCGACACUUCACAUUUUAUAUAGUCAAAAGAUAUAUAUAUAUGAUAUUACGCAUAAUUGAAACCAUAUUGUAAAUCAAUUAUAGCAAAAGUACUAUGUAUAUUAUUAACAAAAAAUAAAUAAUAUUUAAAGGAAA